CUGUUUCCUGAACACUUUUCUCCCUCUAUGAAAAAUUUGGAAUAUUCCACAAGUCACGCAGUCCACUGGAGGAUGCAUCAUUCACAUCUUCUGCAAGCCUUGGGAAGGCCCGAAACUAAUUUCCAGAGCGCAACGGGAGAACCUAUGAUGACGUUCACGACAAAAGCCAACGUGGACAAUGGCGUGGCUCCCGAGUGGUAUAAAAGAAGGUUCCCAGGACUUUUAGGUCGCGACUAGAACCUGAGACAUCUGCGGAGCGAUUCGUCCCCGAAGCCAAGCAGUCUCCCAAAAAGAUCUUCACGAUGAGAAAGUCCCUCGUGUGCGUCAUCUUGGCCGCAGCGCUCUUGCUGCACUCUUGUUGGGCGUCGCCCGCGGACCUGGCUCAAGACGGCCCCUUGGAGCAGGAUGCCUUCACCUCCCUGCUGAGCGAGGAGGUGACGGAGAACAGCCGCGGCGAGGCGGCCGCCGUCGCCGACGGCAAAACCAGAGGGCAGAGGGUCAUCGUUGUUGCCGAUCCCGGUCUUUGGCGUGACCUGCGAGUGCUGCACAACGGACUGGCCCUCUACAAGCGACGAGCUGAUGACAACAGCCAGGCCGUCGAACGUACAAACGGCGGCCAGGACCUGAGCAUCCCCAUCCUGAGACGGGACAGCGUGAGAUGCAUGGUGGGACGAGUCUACCGGCCAUGCUGGGAAGUCUAGGACAGUUUGGACAGGCCCCCAGCUGAAUUGUAAUAUAUGCCAAAAUGAUGUGUGUUGACUUCACGGCACAUUUGUGAUUAAAAGCCAAUUAAUUGUACUGUGA